AUGAUCCCGUUGGUGGAACUCAAAUUUGUAAAAAUUGGGGUUCAGGAGGACAAUUUAAGGUCUGCGAAAUUGCAUGCAAAUCGGGAUUAAAAUUUUCUCAGGAUAUUCCAGCUUUUUAUACGUGUGGGGCUGAAGGAUUUUGGAGACCGACUACAAAUCCAAGUUUACCAUUAGUAUAUCCUGCGUGUUCAGCUGCAAAACCGGCUCAAAGAGUUUUCAAAAUCAAUAUGCUUUUCCCAAGUUCUGUACUUUGUAACGAAGCAGGUCAAGGCGUCCUUAGGCAAAAAGUACGGAAAGCCGUCAAUUCCUUAAACAGUGAUUGGAAUUUCUGUUCUUACUCUGCAGAAGUUACAAAAGAAUGUAGAGACCUUGAUAUUGUUGUUAAAUGUGAUCAUCGUUUGAGAAAUGGCCGGGUAUUGGAUGACAGUAAAGGUUCCCACGAAUCAAAUGACGUCUUAUCCGUAGAAAGGCUUAGUCGUCAAGUAAGACAAGCAAGUGAUACAUACAGCGUAGAAAUUUCUUUCCCUGCUGCCAGUGAUCCAGUAAUUAAUACAAAUUCUAACGAACGAGCCAACGUACAAAGAUUGCUAGAAAAACUUAUUCUCGAAGAGGAUCAGUUUGAUGUUCAUGAUAUUCUUCCAAAUACUGUUCUUGAUCCAUCGUCACUGAAGCUUGAAUCCGAUUAUGCCUGUCCAGUUGGCCAAGUAGUGAUCGCUCCCGAUUGCGUCCCAUGUGCUGUAGGCAGUUAUUAUGAUCAAAACACUAAAACGUGUUUACCUUGCCCAAUCGGAACAUAUCAAAGUGAAUCCGGGCAAACACAGUGUUCUACUUGUCCCAUCAUUGCCGGACGACCUGGGGUUACAGUUUCUCCGGGUGCACGUAGCGCGGCUGAC